UGUGUGUCAAGAUGUAUUAAACAAUUGGAAAGCAGCCACUGCAUAUUUACCGAAAGUUUUAUAAUGGAAGUUGUCACUUUCCUACUUACCGACAUCAUAAAACAUUACACUAAAAAAUACAAGAGAACGAAAAAUGAGCAAUAAUUUGCGUUUUCAAAAAUCAGUUCUACGCCCUAAAAUAUACAAAUUUACAAAGUUUAAAAAAAAUCCAAGAUAAAAACGUUAUACUGCAUGUUUACUAUUUUAUGCUCAGUUACGUAUAUAAACAUGGUGUAGAUAUAUGUACACGUGAUACAAUAUAGCUUAAUCUAACCUAUUCAAGCUCUCUUUGUUAUAAUAUUACCAGUAUAUAUAACGAAAAGAACAAGAUAAAAUAAUGGAGAAAAAUGAAGAACAUAUUAUUUGUUGUGUGCCUGGCCAACGAUUAUGUGUAUCUGACAAAAUAAAUAUAGCUGGACCAGGAACGUACGAGCAGCAAGGUUAUAUUUAUUCCAAGCUUGCUGGCAUUGUAAAAUUAAUAGAAAAUGAAAAAACACGUACAAUUGAGGUACAUGGUAUAACAGAACAAAGUAUCAUUCCUGCACCAGGAGAUAUUGUUACCGCAAUGGUGACUGUGGUCAAUCAGAGAUUUUGCAAAUGCAGUAUCAAGUGUGUAGGUGACAUAGUAUUAACAAGGCCUUACAGAGGGAUUUUAAGAAAAGAGGACGUUAGAGCAAACGACAAGGAUAAAAUAGAGAUGUACAAGUCCUACAAGCCUGGAGAUAUUAUUCUGGCAAGAGUUAUGCCAAUGACAGAAGCCCAUACCUAUCAAUUAAGUACUGCAGAAAAUGAGUUAGGGGUAGUUAUAGCUUAUAGUGAAGAAGGUAUAGUCAUGAUACCAAUCAGCUGGACACAAAUGCAGUGCCCAAAAUCCAUGUGCAAAGAAUUUCGGAAGGUAGCCAAAAUUGUGCCAGAAGAUGUUGCAGCUGAACAAUGAGUUAUAUAAAUAAUAUGUUUAUUCUUCCUAUCGCGCAAAUUUGUGAUUAUUGCAUAAUAACGUUUACAUGGAAAAAGUAAACAUUAUAUCAAUUAAAUAUUUUUUAUUAAACAAUU